UCUUUCCUCAAUAAUUUUCCCCCAAAAUACAAAAGAGAGGAAUUUUCUUUGCCAAUUUUCUUUAAUUUUUUCUUCUUCAAUGGGGCAGCAGCAAUCCAAAGGCGAGCUUCUGUAUCAGCAAGUUAAUUAUGGAAACGUUGAAGGUAUCAAAUCUCUCCACCGCGAAGGCGCUGGCCUUGAGUGGAUAGAUAAGGAAGGGAAGACGCCGUUGAUGGUGGCGUGCAUGAAUCCCGGGCUUUACAAUGUUGCAAAAACUUUGAUAGAAUUGGGUGCCAAUGUCGAUGCUUACCGUCCAGGUCGUCAUGCGGGGACUCCUCUACAUCAUGCAGCAAAAAGAGGUCUUGAGCAGACGGUUAAGUUACUCCUUUCACAUAGAGCAAAUGCUUUGAUAAUGAAUGAUGACUGCCAAACUCCCCUUGAUGUUGCCAGAAUUAAAGGUUUCAGCAAUGUUGUCCGUGCAAUUGAGAGCCAUAUUUGCUUAUUUUCUGGUUGGCUACGGGAACUUUAUGGCCCUGGAUUCCUUGAACUAUUGGCACCACAGUUGCUUAGUCGGAAAGUCUGGGUGGUCGUCUUACCAUGCGGUUCCCGUAUUCUCAGAAAGCCUUUCAGGUUGGAGCUUGCUAUAUAUUCAGCUGUCGAGGAUGCUCAGCCCCGCACAAUAGUUGCUCUGUGGAAGGCCAAUAUGGAAGAACCAAAUUUCAGCCAGCCUGAUUCAGCAGUUAUCAUAUCCAAUAUUUCUAACAUCCCGAGGCGCUGGAGGCGAAGGCGAGGGAUAAUGCCCUCCCAAUUGAUAAAGAGUAGUCUCCGAGGAGCUAGGCGAGCAAGGAUUAAACUUACAGCAGUCCAGGAAAGCGAAAAGCAGCAAUUGCAGUCUUUCUGCAAUGCAUGCAAGGGAAUUCCUCAGGUCAUGCAUCCAGCAUUUCCAUUCAGUUCUCAAAUCCCUGUGGUCCCUGCAACUGUUCCAUCAACCACAGAGGACGUGGAAUUAGCAAUGGCGAUUAAUGCCUCUCUUCAGUCUGCUUCACAACCGAGACCAACCUAUCAUGAGAAUCACCCAGGAUCAGGAACAGAAACAUUAAUGGGUUUGAUUAACCCUGUUGAGGUUGCUAGUCAUGGUGAUAGCUCUUUUACAGGGGCUUCUUCACAAAAAGCUAGUAGUAGUGGCUGUCAAGUUGAGGAAGCCAGUUCAAGUGGCACUCAAGUAGAGCAAGUCCAGAUUUUGAGUGAUACAUCUACUGUAGUCCAAGCAAUGCCAGAGAAUCCAGUUACUGCAUCUGUCCCAACAGCUCCUCCUCUUACGGAUGACGUAAUAGACAAUGGGCCAAUUAAUUAUCCAUCAAUCGACUCCAGUCCAAUUGACUUGUCUUCUGCAACUGUUCAGAACUCUGGAGCACACAAUAGCAAUAAUCCUGAUGUUGCUUCUUCAUCUUGUGUGAUAUGCUUAGAUGCUCCCUUGGAAGGGGCUUGCAUCCCUUGUGGCCAUAUGGCUGGAUGCAUGUCUUGUUUGAAUGAAAUCAAGGGAAAGAAGUGGGGAUGCCCUGUCUGUCGUGCCAAGAUAGAUCAGGUGAUACGGGUAUAUGCUGUUUAACAGUUGAAGCUGCAAAUGAUUGAAGUAGUCAAUGCAUACACAGAAGUUUUGCGUUAUUGAAAAAUUGUGAGUUUUGUAUACAUAUAUAUAUGCUACUAGUUGUGUUCAAGGUUUCCGAAAGGAAGCAAAAUGCUACGGUUGUCUUCAUGGUUUUCCAUCCCCGAUAAGAAUGUAAAUUUCUUGUGCGGAGAAGUGAAACUGUUGCUGGGAUUACAGAUAUAUUGAUAUGAACCUGUGAAUAAUGUUUAUUUUUAUUGAGACCUUUAUGUGCAACUGCAACUUGGUUA